ACACAACACAACGCCAUUUUCAGAUGUCUGGCUGUUCAGCACUGUGUUGAUCACAGAAAUAACUAGGUCACAAGACUGACGGCAAAAUACUGAAUCAGAGUCUUGUUAAAACAAGAGGUUUGGAUUUGCCAACCUUUCCGCUCAUCGCAUAUCGGCUGUGAGCAAAUGAUUGUGAUCGGUUGGCUAUCUCGGAUACGGUAUUCUAGUGCGGGCCCUGGUUGAUCGCCUUUUUCACUGCGACUGCAAGCUAAACAAACAAGAAUGAAAAGGACAAAGCGAGGUGACGAGGAGCAAGAAGGAGUUGGUGGUGGUGGAGGAGGAGGAGGAGGAGGAGGAGGAGGAGGCGGAGGAGGCCCUAGUGACAGAGAGGGCAGCCCAGACCCCGGCCCCUCUGAGCAGUGCAAGAGACUGCGAAGCCUGUCCUCAGAGGAGGAUACUGGUGACACCACCACAACCACAACCACCACCACCACACCACCCAACCAGACCAAGGAGAAGGAUGCCAGCAUCCUCUGUGAUGACACCACCACCAGCACCACCACUACACAACUCAACCAGCCUAAGGUGGAGGAGGAAAGCAUUGGCCAGGGCGUGUUGGCAGUGGUGGACCCCGACCUAGACCCGGAUAGUGACGAGUGCAGUGGCGUGGUCCCGCACUGGAGCCACCUCCCCCAAGAGAUCUUGCUCCAGAUCUUCCAGUACCUGCCACUGCUGGACCGAGCGUACGCCUCUCAGGUGUGCCGUAGCUGGAACCAGGCCUUUCACAUGCCGGAGCUCUGGCGCUGCUUCGAGUUUGAGCUCAACCAGCCUGCUAGCUCCUACCUGAAGGCCACCCAUCCGGACCUCAUCAAGCAGAUCAUCAAGAGGCACUCCAACCACCUGCAGUAUGUCAGCUUCAAGGUGGAUAGCAGCACUGAGUCUGCGGAGGCAGCGUGUGACAUCCUGUCCCAGCUGGUCAACUGCUCCCUCAAGACCCUGGGCCUCAUCUCCACGGCCAGGCCCAGCUUCAUGGAGCUGCCCAAGUCUCACUUCAUCUCGGCGCUCACUGUGGUGUUUGUGAACUCCAAGUCGCUGUCGUCCCUGAAGAUCGACGACACCCCCGUGGACGACCCCUCUCUGAAGGUCUUGGUGGCCAACAACAGCGACACCCUCAAAUUACUCAAGAUGAGCAGCUGCCCUCACGUCUCCCCUGCAGGCAUCCUGUGCGUGGCCGACCAGUGCCACGGGCUGCGCGAGCUGGCCCUCAACUACCACCUGCUGAGCGACGAGCUGCUGCUGGCGCUGUCGUCGGAGAAGCACGUGCACCUGGAGCACCUGCGCAUCGACGUGGUGAGCGAGAACCCCGGGCAGCAGUUCCACACCAUCAAGAAGAGCAGCUGGGACGCCAUGGUGCGCCACUCGCCCAAGUUCAACCUGGUCAUGUACUUCUUCCUGUACGAGGACGAGUUCGAGCCCUUCUUCAAGGAGGAGAUCCCCGUCACGCACCUCUACUUCGGCCGCUCGGUCAGCAAGGACGUGCUGGGCCGCGUCGGCCUGCACUGCCCGCGCCUGGUGGAGCUGGUGGUGUGCGCCAACGGCCUGCGCCCGCUGGACGAGGAGCUGAUCCGCAUCGCCGACCGCUGCAAGCACCUGACGGCCAUCGGGCUGGGCGAGUGCGAGGUGUCGUGCAGCGCCUUCGUGGAGUUCGUCAAGAUGUGCGGCCGGCGCCUCUCGCAGCUCAGCAUCAUGGAGGAGGUGCUGGUGCCCGACCACAAGUACGAGCUGGACGAGAUCCACUGGGAGGUGUCCAAGCACCUGGGCCGCGUCUGGUUCCCCGAUAUGAUGCCCACCUGGUAGACUGCUGCUGGCCCAGGUGGGAGGGAGGAGUUGGAGGUGG